CUCUUUGAACGGAACCUGCUUCCAAGAUGUCUCUGGUCAUUCCUGAGAAGUUCCAGCACAUCCUCCGUGUUCUUAACACGAACAUUGACGGAAGAAGGAAGAUUGCCUUUGCCAUCACAGCUAUCAAGGGUGUCGGUAGGCGAUAUGCCCAUGUUGUCUUGAGGAAGGCUGAUAUCGACCUCAGCAAGAGGGCAGGAGAACUGACCGAUGAUGAGGUCGAAAGGGUGGUGACAAUUAUGCAGAAUCCUCGCCAGUAUAAAAUCCCUGACUGGUUCCUCAACAGACAGAAGGACGUAAAGGAUGGCAAGUACAGCCAGGUCCUUGCUAACGGUCUGGACAACAAGCUGAGAGAGGAUCUUGAGAGGCUGAAGAAGAUCAGGGCCCAUCGUGGUCUCAGGCACUUCUGGGGUCUGCGUGUGCGUGGCCAGCACACCAAGACCACCGGGCGCCGUGGUCGCACCGUGGGUGUGUCCAAGAAGAAGUAAACUGUCUCCCUUCGCCCCUUGUGUCAAUAAAUGCUACAGUUCACAC